UCCACGGGAGGAGCUGCGGGUAGAGGCGACUUCUCCACGUCUGCAUGCGAAGGCGACUCCUCGCCAGCGAGAGACAGGGUCCAGGAAUAAAAAAAUACGUUGUUGGCCUCAUUAUCAAGACAUCAUCUGACCCAACUUGUGUAGAGAAAGAAAAGGUGUAUAUCGGAAAAUUAAAUAUGAUCCUUGUUCAGAUACUGAAACGAGAAUGGCCCAAACAUUGGCCAACUUUUAUCAGUGAUAUUGUUGGAGCAAGUAGGACCAGCGAAAGUCUCUGUCAAAAUAAUAUGGUGAUUCUUAAACUCUUGAGUGAAGAAGUAUUUGAUUUCUCUAGUGGACAGAUAACCCAAGUCAAAUCUAAGCAUUUAAAAGACAGCAUGUGCAAUGAAUUCUCACAGAUAUUUCAACUGUGUCAGUUUGUAGUGGAAAAUUCUCAAAAUGCUCCACUUGUACAUGCAACCUUGGAAACGUUGCUCAGAUUUCUGAACUGGAUUCCCCUGGGAUAUAUUUUUGAGACCAAAUUAAUCAGCACAUUAAUUUAUAAGUUCCUGAAUGUUCCAGUGUUUCGAAAUGUCUCUCUGAAGUGCCUCACUGAGAUUGCUGGUGUGAGUGUAAGCCAAUAUAAAGAACAAUUUGUAACGCUAUUUACUCUGACAAUGAUGCAACUAAAGCAGAUGCUUCCUUUAAAUACAAGUAUUCAACUUGCGUACUCAAAUGGAAAAGAUGAUGAACAGAACUUUAUUCAAAAUCUCAGUUUGUUUCUCUGCACCUUUCUUAAGGAACAUGAUCAACUUAUAGAAAAAAGAUUGAAUCUCAGGGAAACUCUUAUGGAGGCCCUUCAUUAUAUGUUCUUGGUAUCUGAAGUAGAAGAAACUGAAAUCUUUAAAACUUGUCUCGAAUACUGGAAUCAUUUGGCUGCUGAACUUUAUAGAGAGAGUCCAUUCUCUACAUCUGCCUCUCCAUUGCUUUCUGGAAGUCAACAUUAUGUUCCUCCCAGGAGACAGCUAUAUUUGCCCAUGUUAUUCAAGGUCCGUUUAUUAAUGGUUAGUCGAAUGGCUAAACCAGAGGAAGUAUUGGUUGUAGAGAAUGAUCAAGGAGAAGUUGUGAGAGAAUUCAUGAAGGAUACAGAUUCCAUAAAUUUGUAUAAGAAUAUGAGGGAAACAUUGGUUUAUCUUACUCAUCUGGAUUACGUAGAUACAGAAAGAAUAAUGACAGAGAAGCUUCACAAUCAAGUGAAUGGUACAGAGUGGUCAUGGAAAAAUUUGAAUACAUCGUGUUGGGCAAUAGGCUCCAUUAGUGGAGCAAUGCAUGCAGAGGAUGAAAAACGAUUUCUUGUUACUGUUAUACAGGAUCUAUUAGGAUUAUGUGAACAGAAAAGAGGCAAAGAUAAUAAAGCUAUUAUUGCAUCAAAUAUCAUGUACGUAGUAGGUCAAUAUCCACGAUUUUUGAGAGCUCACUGGAAAUUUCUGAAGACUGUAGUUAACAAGCUGUUUGAAUUCAUGCAUGAGAUCCAUGAUGGAGUUCAGGACAUGGCUUGUGAUACUUUCAUUAAAAUAGCCCAAAAAUGCUGCAGGCAUUUCGUUCAGGUUCAGGUUGGAGAAGUGAUGCCAUUUAUUGAUGAAAUUUUGAACAACAUUAACACUAUUAUUUGUGAUCUUCAGCCUCAACAGGUUCAUACGUUUUAUGAAGCUGUGGGGUACAUGAUUGGGGCACAAACAGAUCAAACAGUACAAGAACACUUGAUAGAAAAGUACAUGUUACUCCCUAAUGAAGUGUGGGAUAGUAUAAUCCAGCAGGCAACCAAAAGACAGGAUCUUGCCUGUCUCUCAGCCUCAUCGCCGUGGCUGCAGAGUGCCAAGUGCCAGGUCCUGCGCUCUGGGCGCGGGUCAGGAGCAGCUGGCAAGGGCAGCGUAGCCUGUGGGGCCCUUGGGCGCGGCCAGCCGCAGCUCCGGGAAGCUACGUCAGCCCACGGGCGCUGCAGCUGCAGCCGCCACCAGCACAUGGAGCAGGGGUCGCCGAGGAUUGGGAAUCCCCGACCAGGCCUGCGCCAGCAACUGCCACCUGCAUGGGGAGCGGAGAGAGAGCUGCUAGGGCGGUUUCUCUGCCUCGGGCCUGUUGGGCGGGGCCAGCUAAGGUGCACGUGCUCGCUGGUCCUAACGGUUCUGUUGAGCGUUUCUGCUGAGAGGCGGGAGGCGCUGAGAGUCUGUGCGAAGGACAGUGGACAGACUGCGUUGCUUGUUGUUGCACUUCGGAGGCGGUGA